UUUCCCGCCUCUCUCUUCCUCCUUAAAUAAAAUCCCUAUUUCCCAUUCCCAUCUCUCUCUCUCUCUCUCUCUCUCUCUCUCUCUCUCUCUCUCUCUCUCUCUCAUCAAUUUCCACUCUCUCUCCUCUCCACCACCAUGAAGCAACGAACCAGACCUACCUUACCUCACCACUUCCACAAAUUCCUCAAACCAGGAGCCCUCGCUCGAAUCCGCGACUCCAAAAUCACAGCCAGAUCUCAUCGUCUCAACUCCCUCUCUCAGAUCUCAAUCUACCGUCCUCCGUCCUCACCGCCGCCGCCGUCUUCCACCGAUCAGCCUCAACCUAACUCCUCCGAGGGGUUUCCGUUCUUCGCUUCCGCGAUCUACGGUCCUCGGUGUCCGCAGAGGAAGAAACUCGUCGCUGCCAAGUCGGUUUUCUUUGUUCCUGGUAGUCCGGCUGCUGACUCCGUGGAUCUUGUUGCGGACUCGUUUGGUGGCGGCGAUAUUAUCGCUGCUAAUUGAUUGCUCUUUUGUUUAAAUAUGGAGAGUUUAGAUUUUUAGAUUUGUAGAUUUAGCGUGGUUUUCGGUUUUUUCGUUCGAUUAUGUGAAAAAAAAAUACUCUCAUAGAAUAUGAAUUAAUAAAGGUGCAUUCAAUUUUCAAUUUCGAUUUUGUUCUGGUGUUUAGAUUGUGGCUGCGUUAAUUUCGCAGUAAUUAUUGUUAGAUUUGAAUGCUCGCUGGAUUCUCUGAUAUAAUGAUUCUUAAUUAUUAAUGCAAAAUUUUGCCUCUGUUUAAUUCUUUAUUA